AUGAGGCACAUAUAACAUUGGUAGGAUUUCGAUAACUGUAACCUUUGUUACAGGAAAAGCAAAGCAAAGUAAAAAAAAAAAAACACAUGUUAGAAAAAAAAGUUCAACCGAAGCAAGAAAGUUGUGAACGUACCAGGGUGAAUAGGACACAGAACACUUACAACAUACAACAGUCACACCGGAUGACAAUGUCACUGACGGGAAAUAAUUUAUCAAGCACUGGGAUCCUAAUAAAGAGGAUCACCGAGCUGACGAAGCGUUUUAUCGACAACCCCAACGAGCAACAGAAAAAAACCCAGAUGACCGGGACCAGCCGAACCUUCGCCAUUUACUCCGUGGCUUUCCAGGCGUCCAGCUCCAUCAUGAGGCAGAUGGAAAGGAAAUUCUUCGUCGGGGGCAACUGGAAGAUGAACGGGUCGGACAAGAUGGUCGAGGACGUCGUUAACCUCCUCAAAGAAUUCGAAUUGGACAAAAACGUCGAGAUCGUCGUAUGCCCACCGUCGGUUUAUCUGCAGAAGACCGGCUGCCUAUUGCCGUCGAACGUCUACCUAGGAGCUCAGAACUGUUACAAGGAGGCGAAGGGCAGUUUCACCGGGGAAAUAAGUCCUGCUAUGAUCAAAGAGGUGGGCGGCAAGUGGGUCAUACUCGGACACUCGGAGCGUCGAAACCUUUUCAAUGAAAACGACGAGACUGUUUCAGACAAGACGGCACACGCUCACGACGAAGGGAUCGGGGUGAUCGUCUGCGUCGGUGAGACCACCAACGACAAAGAGAACAAUCGGACGAAAGAAGUUGUCCUCAAUCAGAUAAAAGCUAUCUCGAAGAAGGUGAAGGACUGGAAGAAAACCGUCAUAGCGUACGAACCGAUCUGGGCCAUAGGGACGGGAAAAUCCGCGACACCCAAACAGGUCCAGGAGGUUCACGGGUGGAUCAGGGAGUGGCUCAGGAGCGAGGUGAACGACGAAGUCGCACAAGAGACAAGGAUAAUAUACGGCGGUUCUGUAAACGCGCAAAACGCCAAGGAACUAUCGCGACAAAAAGACGUAGAUGGCUUCUUGGUCGGAGGUGCGUCCCUAAAGCCGGAAUUCAUCCAGAUCAUAAACGUCCUGAAGCAAUAACUUUGAGCUCAGCUUAGUAUAUGUCGGUAUUGUUUCGUUUGAGUCUCUUUCCUUCCUAGCCAAAUAUUAAACGAUUAUGUCAAGUGUUU